AUGAAUCUUCUGUACUCAACCGUCAAUACCUUGCGAGACAAAUAUACGCCCGUAACGCACACCUCUACCUUUCGCCAGUCUGGUCAGAUCACCCCGGAAGAGUUCGUUGCGGCGGGCGACUAUCUCGUCUACAAGUUCCCGACCUGGUCUUGGGGUGACGCGGACGAUGCGAGCCGGAGGGCCAGCUACCUCCCGGCGGGGAAGCAAUACCUCGUCACGCGCAACGUUCCUUGCCAUCGCCGGCUUAACGACGACUUUGCCGGCGAUGCCGGCCACGAAGAGUCUGUCGUGGAAGGCAAAUCCGGCGUUGGCGACGAUGAGGAUGGCUGGCUGCGGACAGGCGGCCUGGCGAGCUCACAGCCUCUCAAGGCACGGGAUGUCAGGACGGUAGACGAUUCUGGGAACCUCGGCGAGAGUGAGGCAUUGGAAGAAGACGAUAUUCCGGAUAUGGAGGACGAUGAAGACGACGACGAGGCCAUCAUCCGAGAUGUAGGCACAGACGGGCACGACAGUGGUCGACGAACAUAUACCUUGUACAUAAUGUACUCUGCAUACUACCGCACUCCUCGCCUUUAUCUCUCAGGGUACCUGCCCAACGGACAACCUCUCCCACCCAAGUCCAUGAUGGAUGAUAUCGUAGGCGACUACAAGGACAAGACGGUCACACUCGAGGACUUCCCUUUCUUUGCCAACAAUAUCAAGAUGGCGAGCGUGCAUCCCUGCAAGCACGCGCCUGUCAUGCGUACCUUGCUCGAUCGCGCAGAUGCCGCGUUGCGUAUCCGUCGCGAGAAGCUCAAGGCUGGCAAAUCUGUUGGCGGCGAGCAGGGGAUGGAGGGUCUUGUCGAUGAGAUCGGCAAGCUCGAUGUCAAGGCUGCAGAGGUGGUUGCUGACAAGGGCAACGACGAGUGGGAGCAAGUCGAGCAGAGCGAAGCCGAUGAGCAGGAGGUUGCGAUUAGGGUGGACCAGUACCUGGUGGUGUUUCUCAAGUUCAUCGCCAGUGUGACGCCUGGAAUCGAGCACGACUUUACCAUGGGCAUUUAG